UUUGUCCUACGGAGGGAUCCGUAGCUAGCUCAUAGCACUGCAAAGUUUAGGUGUGCAGAAUCUUGAAGUGAUAGCUAUCCUAUACUAUAGUGUUUUGUGUCGCAUUUCCUUCAGAGAUACGACAUAUGUCUGUUAAGACAAUGAAAAUAACCAAAUGUUAGGUUAUACCUGUACGGGGCUAGCUAGCUGGGAUACAUAGGCUACUUUUAGUUCGUACUUUCACUCCUUCAGCAUCAAACACCUUAGCUAAGAUAGCUAGCUAGAAGCUAACGCUAAACUAAACUAGCCACCCAACUUGCUAAAUAACCAAUAUAAAAUAGCCAUUAAGUAGUAUAAUGUAAUUAGAUAACAGCUUGUAUCAUUGGGCAACCUUACCCGUUGUCUGGUAAGUCACAUAGCUAUCUAGUUAUGCUGUCAUAUCUGACAGAUAGGUUAGCUAAACAUUUUUCAGUCUCUUAGAAUGUUUAGCUAGCUAGCAUAGCUAGUUAGGCUAACGCUAGUUGGCUAAUUUGAAACGAACGAAGAUGUAGUUGUUAGAUAGGCUAACGCUAGCUGGCUGCACUGCCAAAGAUUUUUGAACGCCGGGGUUUUGGCUCAUAACCGAUCCAGACAGCAUUUCAACAUUGGUCGGACCUUAAGUCAACGAGACAUUUGUGUUUUGGUAUGAAAUAAUCGUACCGACAAGCUGUUUUUGACGCUUUUUAGGAGUGAAGGAUCUUAAUUGUCACGUUAGAUCAUAUUUCGCGGCCUUGUAAUGUAAUUAUCACUUGAUGAUGACUUGAAGACGUCUAGGUCAUAUGUACCCCAGCUUUAUAUAGAAAUGGCAGAACUGCGAUGCAGGAGAGAGAAGGACGACCCUGCGUCUGAAGGACCAUUAGGCCGGCUUUACGAAGUUGAAACGACAGACGAGGACGACAGCACUGCGACACGCGCAGGUGCAGAGGUCGGAACGGCGGAUGGCGCGCACGCAGAUGGAGAAGGUCCCACAGCUGGGGACGCAAGAAAGGGUGGCACGGAUGUAGAGGGCGCCUCAUCCCCUAAAGAGGAAGAGAAAGUAGAUCAUCUCUCCGCUAACGGCACAGGCUCAGCCGAAGGAGCUCACAGAUGCAGUAAAUUAGCUGUUCUUUUGCAGCGUGUAGUGAAGUUGUUCAUUGGUUGCCUAGCAGCAGUGACCUGUGGGAUGAUAUAUGCUGUGUACCUGUCUACCUACCACGAGAGGAAGUUCUGGUUCUCUAGUCGGCAGGAGAUGGAGAGGGAAAUUACCUUCCAGGGAGGCAGUGGUCUCUAUUACUACUACUACAAACACAUGCUCUUUGCCUCUUCCUUCGAGAAGGGUGUGUAUGAGCUAACGCGGGAUAACAGGACCGUGUCGGGCCAGACCAUAAACGCAGUAGAGCAGCUGUCGCUCUACCCAGAGCUCCUCUGCAGUUUGCUCUAUAAGCUCAGUGGCAGUCAGGACUCUAUUGAGCCGGUGUAUUUCUACAUAGGGGUGGUGUUUGGUCUGCAGGCUGUGUAUGUCACGGCGCUGUUUGUGUGCAGCUGGGUGAUGAGUGGUACCUGGGUGGCAGGCUUGCUGGCCGUGGCCUGGUAUAUCAUCAACAGGCCGGACACGACAACCGUGGUCUACGCCAUCCCCCUGCGCGACAACUGGGCCCUGCCGUACUUCUCCUGCCAAGUAGCUGCCCUGACCAGCUUCCUCAGCAACAACAUCAGCGCUGCUACAGAGAUGUUCUGUUACCUGCUGAUGAGUGUGACGACAUUCACCUUCAUCGUGAUGUGGGAGCACGGCCACUACGUGCUGUUUGUACAGGGUGUGGUGCUGUUACUGCUGGACUGCUUUGACUUGAUACCAGCCCGCAAGACGGCGGACAUCCACAAAGUGUAUCUGAGCUCCUUGCUGCUGGCCUAUGUCCUCCAGUACCAGAGAUCAGCUCUUCUCUCCUCCCCCCUCCUCAGUCUGCUCGUAGCCAGCCUGCUGGCCAGGUACCUCCAGCAGAACAUGAAGAUGGGGCCCCUGGUGGCCAGGCUGAUGAAGCUCGUUCUGCACCUCUAUCUGGUCUUCACCACAGGCAUCACCUUCAACUAUCUGGUGAAGAAGAUUCUUCCAGUGGAUCAGAGUGAUUUUAUUCUGAAAUUUCUGGAAGUCAAGUUUGGACUAAAUUCAACAACGGAGUUCAUCCCCAAUCUGCUGCUGUGUGAGGAGGGAUUCCAGUCCCCAGGACAGGACCUCUUCCUUCGUCUCACUCAGGCCUCUGUCCUGCCGUUCUAUGUACUGGUGAUGCUUGUAUGUCUGUUUUCCACCAUGCAGGCCAUCUACAGGAGACUCAGUGGAGAGCGUUUGAUGGGCGGUGUGCAGAUGGAGCAGGGGCGGAUAGGAGAGCGUCCAGAGGUGAUCUACCACGUGUUCCACACGCUGCUGUUUGGAGCACUCGCCAUGCUGUUUCAAGGCAUGAAGUACCUGUGGACACCGUAUGUGUGUGCGUUCACUGCGUUUGGAGUGUGUUCUCCUGAGCUGUGGGUGACCGUGUUCAGAUGGGUCAGACUGAAGUCGGUCCACCCUGUAGUACUGGCGCUAAUACUGAGCACAGCAGUACCCACCAUCAUUGCCUUCAGCUUAUGGAGGGAGUUUUUUCCACGCGUGUUGUCUGAACUAACUGAGGUUCAGGAGUUUUAUGAUCCGGACACCGUGGAGCUCAUGAACUGGAUUAAGAGUCACGCUCCACUGGCAGCUGUGUUUGCUGCCAGUCCUGCAUUGCUGGGCACAGUGAAGGUGUGCACAGGGUGGCCAGUCACCAGCCUCCCCCUCUACACUGACCUCAGCCUACUACAGAGGAGUGAGAGUACGUAUCAGGUGUAUGCCAUGCGCUCUGCUGAGGAGGUCUACAAGCUUCUUACGGCUCAGCAGAGCAGCUUCGUGAUCGUGGAGGAGGAGCUGUGUAACCAGAUGAGCUCUGUCAGAGGCUGUAGGAUCAAAGACUUGCUCGACUACGCCAAUGGACAUGUGGUGUAUGACAAAGGUGAGACGUACACUUUCGCCAAGUACGGGCGAUUUUGUCACGAGAUCAAAAUGAACUACUCCCCGUACACCAACUACUUCACGCGGGUGUUCUGGAACCGCUCGUACCACGUCUACCGCGUGAACUCCGUCAUCUCCUUCCAGUACUGAGGGUCAUCGUUUACUCGCCAUCACUCCUUUCUGUUUUUGCUUGCUUUCUGUCGUUUUUCUCCUGCUCUCUGAACUUUAGCGCCAUUUUGCAUCAGACUCCUUGACUGUGAGCUCUGAAAUGCCAUGAGAUUUAAAAAUUUUUGUUUUGUUUUUUUAGGAUUGUUUUACUCUGAAUCAGAUUCUAAUUAUGCACAGAGUUUUGGUGCUGGGUGUGUGUGUGUGUGUACGUACACAUCUCUGUCCUUAAUAUAUUCCAUAUGACUCAAGAAAGAAAGCAACCAGAUCACAAAGUCCAGUCACAGCACACAGUAAGUAAGUAUUGUGGGUAAUGUGGUUUUAGAGUUUGAGAAUAGUGCAGGCUGGUUCUGUGGCUGCCUCAAAAAGGAAUUUAUUAUGCCAUGUCUUUUUAGGGCUGCUAUUACUGGAAAUGUCUAAGCAAGUGACACACAUUUCUCAGCUGUUCUGUCUAAUCCCAUAGUGGAGGAGAAAGUUUUACCUUUACACUAAUGAGAACAACCCCCCUUGUAUUAGAUUUAUAUUGCCACUUCCUGCAUAACACACCUGCAGUGCUGUAGUACCCUUCCUCUGUCUGCAGGCUUUGCUGCACUGGCAAGCACCUUGGAGUCUUAAAACUAUACAAAUGCCUGAUUAGGCUUGUCUAAGGUGUUGACACAGACGUGGGGCAUCUUCAGCACCUGGAACCGUCCCUGCUGGUGCUGUGACAGUUCCAGGCAUCACCUGGCUGCUCAGAAAUCUGUCAGGUUUUCCCCACAUGUUUUUUUUGUGUGUGUAUAGGCACAUAAUGAAACAAAUAUAUAUCUUGCCUAAAGAUGCAAGUUUGUUUUUCUCCCCUUAAAAUAAGCCCUGAUUUAAAUUAAUCAAUCUCUGAAGUCACAAGCCAUUUUUUCUGUUGUCCCUGUCUUGAGGCCAGUGCUUGAUAGGCUCUGGUAACAAAUGAUGAUGAAUAUUGGGCAAAUAUUCAAAUCUACACUGUAUUUGCAGCUCAGAUACUGACGUUUACAAUAAGCAAUUGUAUCUACGUUGGUGGUGAAGGCAUUUUCUUGCAAUGAGUUGCACCUUUGAUAGAAUACUGUCUUCAGUCUGUGUGAUCAUGUGAUGUUUUGUUGUGAACAGUACAUGGUCAUAUUAAAUCAACUGUACACACCA